AUGGGUUAUCUGAUACCGUGGAAUAUCAAUACAAUGUCUGUGUUUUCCCUAACUCUGAAACUCUUCGAAGAUGGUGGCUAUACUCAUCCUGGUUAUCAGGAUGAACUAUACGAAUGGGCUCGCCAGGCUCGACGCUGGCCAAUUGGAGCAGCUGAAGUGUUCCAUUAUUUUGAUAUUAAAUUCACGUCUUUACCAGCUGCAGUUUCAAUCAUUUGGGCUCUCAGGUAUUUUUCCUUCAUACUGAUAAUGGCAGAAUUCACAAGCAUUGUUGCGCCAGUUGCGGUUAGUGUUAAACUUCGCCUUGUUCAACUUAAUUUUGAAAAUAUUUUGAAUCUUUUAAGCAUGUACAUAACACUGGGAUUUCUUGGCUUGCAAUACCUCUGGUUUUUUGUUGUUUUUGCUGUUAAUCCGCUAGCCGAACCAGUCUUCCCGUGUCGAUCGGAAUAUAUUUUACUUUAUAGUGGCAUGGCCUAUGAUGAUUGGCUACUGUAUUGUGAGGUGUUCGCAUUCCUGGAAGUUACUGUUUGUGGGAAAACUAUUUGUAGCCGUAGUGCCAGCAAGAAAGAUGCUUUGGUGCAAAAAGUUACUUCGAUCAAUCCAACGAAUUAUGCCUGA